AUCGUCGCCCAGCUUCUUCUCCCUUUCUCCUACCACCGUGCUGAAGCGGCAAACUCGCACAACCUUUCUUCGCACAACCUUUCUUCUCCGCCGGUGUCACGAUGCUAACGGCUGACAUUCCCCCCAAUCAAACCAUUUACAUAAAAAACCUCAACGAGAAGGUCAAGAAAGAAGAAUUGAGAAGAUCGCUUUACUGUUUGUUUUCUCAAUAUGGAAGGAUUCUGGAUGUCGUUGCCUUGAAGACACAGAAGCUCAGAGGGCAGGCAUGGGUCUGCUUCAGUGAAGUAACAGCUGCCAGCAAUGCAGUGCGGCAAAUGCAGGGUUUUCCAUUUUAUGACAAGCCCAUGCGUAUCCAAUAUGCAAAAACAAAGUCAGACUGCCUUGUAGAGGCAGAAGGAGUCUACGAUCCAAAUGCUAAGAAGAAGAAGAAACAAGAAGAAAAAGCUGAGAGGAAGAGGCGCGCUGAAGAAGUUCAGCAAUCUGCAACAGCUAAUGGUUCAGCUGCUGACAAUAACAGAGGCCCUACUUCUUUCCGCCCAGCAAGUGGUGGCGGCGACCAAGAAACCAUUCCGCCUAACAACAUACUGUUCAUCCAGAAUCUGCCGCAUGGAACCACUAGCAUGAUGUUGCAUGUCCUGUUCCAGCAGUACCCUGGAUUCAAGGAAGUCCGGAUGGUGGAAGCUAAGCCUGGCAUUGCAUUCGUUGAAUUCGAAGACGACAUUCAGUCAUCCAUGGCCAUGCAGGCACUUCAAGGGUUCAAAAUCACUCCUCAAAAUCCAAUGGCCAUCAGUUUUGCCAAGAAGUAGUAGGCUUGCUUGUCUUCUACAUGUAUUGUAUGGAUUAAGGAGAGCCAUGCCUCCUGAAACCGAGUUAGGAGUAUUGUAUCUGAUCAGGAGCAAUGUUAUUGUAGACCACUAUCAACAGAAUCUUUGCCAGUACUUUUGAUAAAAAAAAAGUUAUUACUUCUCGGCAACGGAUUCGUAUUUGAUAAUACGUGCAGAAUUAGAAGAAAUGGGCGAAAGUCGGGUCGGAGAGAUUCAUUGGGCUUAGAAUUAGCGAAUCCGGUUGGACGAUUGCCCAACUGAGCUGGGCUUUUGUUUUUAGUUUGGGACACAAGAACCUAUUUCAUUUGGGCUUAGGAAUGAUGUUU